AUGGUUUCUAAACAAUUGAAAUAUUAUGAUAUUCCAUUCCUCACACCUUUUUCCUUCGAAGGAAGAACACACAAGCUGUGUAAAUUGCCAAAUGGGUUAUUAACCCUUUUGAUUUCUGAUCCUACGGAGAAUUCAAGUGCUUGUUCAUUAAGUGUAGCCAGUGGUUCUCACAAUGAUCCAUCUGAAAUACCAGGAUUAGCUCAUCUAUGUGAACAUAUGGUUUUAGCUGCAGGGUCAAGAAAAUAUCCAGAUCCCGGCUACUACCAUGAGAUGAUUAUGAAAAAUGGGGGUUCUCAAAAUGCUUUUACUACGGGCGAGCAAACUUCAUUUUAUUUUGAAUUACCUAACAUCUACCAUUCUUUGCAGGAGGGGUUCGAUGAAGCUUUGGACGUCUUUGCAUCUUUCUUUUCGGAACCAUUGUUUAAUUCUACACUGAUUAACAAGGAGACUUACGCCAUUGAAAGUGAACAUGACGUUAAUUUAUCAAGCCAGGGCAAAAUAUUUUACCAGGCGACCAGAUUGUUAGCUAAUGGUAAUCACCCUUUUAGUAGAUUUUCUACUGGUAACAUAUCCACUUUAAACAGUAUCCCGCAUUUAAAGAAUCUAAAUUUAAAGAAUUUACUUCAUGAAUAUUUUAAGGAGAACUUUUGUGCAUCUAAAAUGACUUUAUGUCUAAGAGGACCCCAAUCGAUCCAUUCUUUGGCCAAAUUAGCGCUCACUAAGUUCUCUCUGAUAAAAAAUAAUCCUCAAAGAUAUCGUCCCAGUCCACCAGUAUCCCCAUCCAAAUCGAAGAGAUCUUCAAAUGAAUGGGUAGAAGUUAAUCCCAAAGAAAUGAACAUAUCAAAAAAUACGUGGCUACCGAAGUAUCGCGGCCAAUUAUGCUUUACAUCGGAUGAGCAAGAGAAAUUUAUAUUCAUAAAAUCUUCUAAAAAUCCUGCGGUUAGAUUUAUUUUCCCUGCAAUGGAAAGGAACACUAGGUUUACUUCUAAAGACAUCAAGAUAUUAACGCAUUUAUGGCCCGAACUGUUUGGGGAUGAAUCUCCAGGUUCGUUCAGUCAUUGGCUCCAAAGUAAAGGUUGGGUCACUUAUUCAUAUGCUUUUGUCUCUGAAGUGGCUAUCGGAAAUUCUAAUUUGAUUUUAGAAUUAGACCUCACCAGAACUGGAUUCCAAAAUUUAUCGCACAUUGCAAAAGUGUUGUUCGAGCAAGCUAUACCUGCUUUAUCCCAGAAAAAUACUUUAGAAUUAGCUCAAUUCAUGAGUAAACAGAAUUGUAUCGAUCUGAUCAGAUUUCUAUACCAAAAUGCAGAAAUUUCUCCGAUGGAAGAAUGUGUCAAUUUGAGUAGUCUGAUGCAAGAUGAUUUAGAAGCAUUGGAUCCAGCAUACAUCUUCAAAGGUUCACCCAUGAUGAUCGAUGAGCAACAUCAUAACAUAGGCAACUAUGGUGAGAACAAAGAGAGUGAUCGUUGGUGGAUAGGUCAAGCUAUAAAAUUCCAAAGUUUUCUUAAACAGUUCAUGGUUCAAUCAAAUAUGCGAGUGGUGGUAUCCGGAAACAGCAGGGAAUCUCAGCUAGAAGAGCUUUCAUCUCAGGAAUUUCAAGUUGAUUUAUUUUAUGAAUUUGAAUAUUUUAAGCGCGAUGGCAUUCCAUUCAAGGACAUACUUGAGUGGAAUAACGAUUACAACUUCAAAAUUCCACAGCUCGAUUGCCCCAUGCCUGAUAUAGCCAAAAGUUAUUCCCAACUGAAAAAGAUCCUGAAUGAUUCCUCUCAAAAAUCCCAAUCUGCCCCCCUCAGCUUUACCAUUCACAAUAACCUAUUGAAACCUGUCCCUCACCUUGUAAGUCAAAAUUGCUAUCAUGAAAUGUGGGUCAUGCCCGAUGAUGAAGAUCCAUCAUUGCAUCUAAAAUCCAUCGUAUCCUUUGAAAUUUUUGGAUUGGACUUAGAGGCCUGUCCACGCAAUACAAUGAAUCUGGAAAUUUUAGGUCAAAUAAUAUUCAUCUUGCUCUCACCUGAAAUUUAUCCAUCAUUAAAAUUGGGAUUUACUUGCGAAAUAACUUCUAAUAAAGGUGACAUUCGUUUGGGGUUCACGAUAUCGGGCUUUUCCAAACAAUUGACCAGCUUUGUUAAAUCAAUCAUCGAAACUAUCAAAAGAAUAUCUCAGGAUCCCGAUUUUCUUUCCAAAGAAACCUUAAGAAGGGCUCGUAUUCUCGUUAGAAAUAAAUAUGAGAAUGCCGCCAACGAGAAUUGCGCCAACAUCGGUAGUAUUGGCCUUUACAUUGUUCUAGAAAAAUAUAUGUGGACCCUUGAAGAUCGUCUCGAAGCAUUAGAGGAUAUCGAUAUGGACAAUUUCAAACAAUUUUGUCAAAGUUUUCUUGGGUCAAAGAAAUAUUUGAGCCUAUUUGUACAGGGGGAUCUCUCUUGCGCCGAUGAGCUCAAUGAAUACCUGCAUAGGAGUUUUACCCAUCAUUUAGGCGGUGGAAUUUAUGAGACACAGGGCAAAACUUUUACUGUAGAGACCACCAAGAUGUUGGAACCUGGUACAAAUGCUUGUGUUCAACAUGGAGGUCAAAAGGAUGAUCCAAACAAUAGUAUUAUCUAUUUCAUCCAGACUGGUAGACGCAACGAUAGGAUGAUCUUUACUCUAACGAAUUUUACAGUCUUCAUAAUGUCACUGAAUCUUGCAUUAGAGUUGAGAAACAAGAGGCAAGUAGGGUAUCUUGUCAUUGGCGGAUUAAGACUUCUAUCUAACUCCGUUGGGUUACAUAUAACCAUCAUGUCGGGAGGAUCACCACUAGACCUGGAGACUAAAAUUGACGAAUAUCUAUGGUAUUUGGAAUCUCAAUUGCAAAAAUUGGAUGAACAGACAUUCCAUCAAGAGUACGUUCGAUGCUACUUACAGUUACUCGAUGGCGGUUGCCGUGGUGAUGCAAAUGAGAGCUCAGGUCCCGCAGAUCUGCUCAGUGAAUUGGUUGCCAACGUUCAAAUCGGUGACUCUGAAAUCUUAUCUAGUCAAACCAUGAAGAGACACAAGAAACUACAAACUCAAAUAAUUCAAGAACAGUAUGAUUUCGUCACAGAGAGUGAAGCUUUAGAUGAUGAUCUAAUAUCUCAAAUGUCCUUGGAACAGUAUCUCAGUUUCUUCAAACAUUACAUAUCAAUUCAUUCCAAACUGAGAAGCAAAAUUUCCAUCAUGAUAUCGAGUUCAAUUGCAGAAAAGGAUAUAAUCAAUAAAAAGAUUUUCCUCCAGUUAGAGACAUUCUUGAAGAUCAAGGGUUUUGCUAUUCCAGCAGAUGAGCUGAAGGAUAUAGUGGAAAGAAGUAAUGGUAAGCCAAAAAUUCUGGCGAUGGAACUAUAUAGCUGCUUCCGCACACGUAAUGAUGCCUUGAGACUUUGUUCCGUGAUCCUAGCGGAAUUAUUCAAAAUGCUAGCAAAGAGCCUGAGGCAUCGUUACGGCAAUCUCGCUCAUGAUGAUACUUCUAAGAGGGACCUUCAAGAAUGGAGUACAGAUGUAAAGCCUGCACUUGAUUUGAAAGUUAUUGAGGAUAUCAAUUUUUUCAAAAGGGUUCAAAUCUAG